AUGGCCUGGGCUGUCGACAUCCAGGGCUUCAAAGACACCGUCAACGCCACGAGGUUAAAGCGACCUCGUCCAUCACGCAGUAUUCACCAGAACCGCCAGAAGCAUCACAACCAAAGGCCACCAUCCACCACCGCCGGCACUCUGCACUCUACCAGCUACCCCCUCCAAACAAAGACGCCACGGCAGCGCCUGACGCACUCCCCACCGCAGCAUCUUUCUCCCCUUCCGCACGCCCCCGUCGGGCCACAACAGCCUCCUUCAACACAGACGCCGUUGCAGAGCCUCUUGCCCUUGGAGCAGCACAUGCCCACCCGCGCGUCGACGCAGUGGAAGCCCUCGGCGCAGCACCCCGGGCCGCAGCAGGGCAUCGACGUGGGGCAGCAGUUCCAAUUGCGCGGGAGGUGGCAGGCGACUUUGUUGAAGCAGUCAGUAUACGGCGGCCAAGUGGUGCUCUGGGGGGGUGGGCAUUAG